AUGUGUAAAGCAAAGGCAAAAAGGACUGCAUUAAUGUUCAAUUAUUGGAAACUUGUACACUAAGAAAAAUCACUACGUUUGCUUUAAAUCUCCUACUACUACUCACUUGCAAUCACCAGAAGAAAAUAUCAAAGCAAGAGAGAAAACAGAAAUGGUAGUAGACUGGGGGCCAGUAGUGGUCGCAGUGGCGAUGUUCAUCUUAUUGUCACCAGGACUACUAUGUCAGCUUCCAGCAAGAACGAGGUUCAUCGAGUUUGGGAACAUGUACACCAGCGGAAUUGCCAUUCUGGUCCAUGCCAUCGUAUACUUUUGUAUGUAUACCAUCUUGAUAGUCGCCAUUGGUGUCCAUAUACGAUCUGGUUGAUACCUUUCCUCCGUCUACAUCAUGUAUACUAUCUGUCACGACACCCACUAGUGAUAUUGUCCGUUCUGGGCUCAGGUGCUGGGUAUAUAAGUAAGCAAGCCUUACUCCCUAGUGACGCGUUUUAAAGCCGUGCGAGCCUGGGCCCAGAGCAGACAAUAUCACUAGUGGGUUGGGCCGUUACAGGGGUCUCUCGGACCUUCGUGGUUCGGAAUGCCCGUCGCGGCCAGCGCCUCAGCUCGGGCCGUGACACUAUAUAUCCCCUAGUUGAAAGUCAUAAUUUCGUGUUCCAUCAACCAUUCCUUGUGUUUCGUAUACGUUUGCACUAUUUCUCAUGCAUGGAGUACUCUGAUAAAUGUGCUUGACGUUAAUGUUCAUCGCAAUCAUGAUAAUCAUGAAAUGAAACAUAUUAUCCAGCCACCCUAUCACAGUGUUCGAGACAUGCUCAUAUUGGAAUAUAUUAAAGUUUGUUCAUAGUGCAAAAUUAGUAUUUUCAAUCUUUGCAUUUUAGUACUAGAAUUAUUAGUUCGUUGAAACUGCAACACCAAAUUAGGACAAAAACUUAAUUUAUUUAUUUGAUAACCGUGGUGUCCAAGCCAGCUUUCGCGCAGCUCGACUAAAUUCAUGGGAUACGUAUCAUCUCCCACCAGCAACAGAUAUCAGGUUACUCUGUCCACCAAGGCUCGGAGGAUGGGAAGAAUCACCUAGUGAUGUUUGUCUCUGUUGAUGUAGAUUCAAAUCUGAGAUCUCAAGCUCUCAACCCACUUCGUUGACCACUAGGCCACACUUUAAUCGUGGAAAUGAGAACAGUAAUCAAUUUAAUAGUGGGAUAUACUGUGGUAUUGGAUAAGCACACUGAAAAUAAAAUAAAAUUCGUUUGCCAAUGAAGCACUCAAAGCCAAUUAGCCAAAGGCAAUAAGAGUCACAUGGUGUUCAUAAAGGAAGCACUUUGGUGCUCCUUCAACUUUUUGGCCAUUAGACAUAAUGAGGUUUCACUGAAAUGAUAGGAUACAUGUGUAUGUGUUGGUUCAAAUUAUUGAAAAUUCUCAUUACUUUAAACCCUUAUCCAAUCAGUCAUAUGAUCAUAUUGUUUCUCUUCUUCAUCUUCUUCUUUUUCUGCUUUAAUGGAGGAAAAUAGACGCCAUAGAAGUCAUAACUCCGUCAUCAUAACCACAAAAAGUUGAUCGGAAUGCACAGCUUUUUCAUUUUCUUAGUGUUUUUUAUGACAAGGAGAAAAGCAGGAGUCAACAUCACAUAGUGAGUAUCAUUGUUGGUUUAAGUUUCAUCAAUCAUACAUCUCACACAAGUGAAAAAAACAAAAGGCAAUUAGUAAUAACAGUUGACCUCUCAAAAUAGAUGAUGCAUCAGAUCACAUCAUAAUAUAGUACAGAAGCACCAAGCAAAAAGUUUAAUAAGACUAGAUAAUGGCUUACUAGGAACCCAUAUACAUAUGGACUCCAAUGGCUAAUAAGAAAAUGCACAUGAGGGCGAAGUAGACAACUGAGUGAACCAGUAUGGACACCCCACUGGUUUGAAAGUUGCCAAACUCAACAAAUCGGUUACGACCUGGUGCUUGAAUCAGCAAUCCUGGUGUUAACAGCACAAACAGCACCACCGCCACAAACACCGGACCCCAAUCCGACAUCUUCUUUCUCUAUUAGUUAAUGUUAUCAACCUGUUUUUCGUCUGUCUAAUUGAAUUCUUUGCUUCUAUACUCAAGAAAAAUGGUAUGUAGAGAAUGGUAUUUAUAAAGGAUGGAUUUCAGCAACAAGCGAAGGUGAUCUAAAUAGCUGGAGAUGAAUCAUGAAUGGAAUGGCUGUGAAGAAACAGAAGUUUACCAAAUGAAGCUAUUCUGUUUCACACUUUAUGGCUGGUUGCUUGUGAGAUCAACAUUCUGAUUCUCUCAACCUAAUUGGCCACCAACGGACUGGUGAACAAUUCUCACAAUCCGUCUUUUCAGCAUUUCAGGGUCAUGAAACACGAAUUCAUGAUUAGUGUGUGUCGGGGUAAAAAGGAUUUGUUUCAAUAUCAUGGAAAAAUCACACUAUAAUGUUUAUGUAACUCAUUUUUGCUACAUAAUCAGGACACUAUAAUAUACAUAUUGUACGUACAUAGACCGACAAGCAACAGUGUUGUGACCUAAUUUGUUCUGAAUAUAAUGGUGGAUAAAAUGCUUUACACAACUAGGUGCGCGAAAGCUAGCCCAGACACCAUGGUUAUCAAAAAAGGAAAAG